GUCACGCACAGUGGGUGACCCUGCGCACCGGAUCAUUCGAUUUCCUGCAGCAAAUCCGGUUUUCCGGUGUUUUUGUUGCGCGCCCCCCCCCCUUUGGCAUUAAGGAUUAACUCUAUCCUCCUGCGAACUCCUCGAAGUGUCAGUAACUCGCCUCCGCUCGCUGCGUGUGUCGUCCCGGGACCCGGAGCCGUGCAUGUCACAUCUGUCUCGGAUCUUUACAUUUACUUGGCCUACGUACUGAGCAAAGCGGAAAAGAAAAGGAAAGCCAUUAAAUAUUAAGGCAGCUCGGAGCGGGAUGAACACCAACAUCAUGUAUGCCAGCAGGAAGCGGCGAAAACCCGUCCAGAAGACGGUUAAGCCAGCGCCAUCUGAAGGGGUGAAGUCGAACCCAUCGAAGAGGCACAGAGACAGAUUAAACACUGAACUGGACAGAUUAGCCAGCCUGCUACCCUUCUCACAGGACAUCAUAUCCAAACUAGACAAGCUGUCCGUGCUCCGGCUCAGCGUCAGUUAUCUCAGGGCCAAGGGCUUCUUUGAAGUGUCGCUACAGAGAUCCAAGACAGACACCAAUGGGAUCAACGACAAUCGCAGAGCGGUGAAGCAAGGAGAAGACCUGCGUUCACUGGAGGGAGAGCUUCUGCUACAGGCCCUGAAUGGAUUCGUGUUGGUGGUGGCAUCAGAUGGCCUUGUCUUUUUUGCUUCAUCCACCAUUCAAGAUUACCUGGGAUUUCAGCAAUCUGAUGUCAUUCACCAAAGUGUAUUUGAGCUCAUUCACACAGAAGACCGACUCGAGUUCCAGCAGCAGCUUCAUUGGGCUUUAGACCCAGCACAGCCUUCAGACACUGCCCAGAGGUCCCAGGAUGACAAUGACUUCCCGGUGGUACAACCUUGCUACAAACCCGAGCAACUUCCUCCGGAGAAUUCAUCGUUCAUGGAGAGAAAUUUUGUCUGCAGGUUAAGAUGCCUUUUGGAUAAUUCCUCUGGAUUUUUGGCCAUGAAUUUUCAAGGACGUCUAAAGUUUCUGCACGGACAAAAUAAGAAGGGGAAGGAUGGGUCGCUUAUUCCUCCUCAGCUUGCACUUUUUGCAUUAGCUACUCCAUUGCAGUCUCCAUCCAUCCUGGAGAUCCGAACCAAAAACUUAAUCUUCAGAACAAAGCACAAGCUGGACUUCACUCCCAUUGGUUGUGAUGCGAAAGGAAGUAUUGUCCUGGGAUACACGGAAGCAGAGUUAUGUGUGAGAGGAACCGGCUAUCAGUUUAUUCAUGCUGCUGAUAUGCUUUAUUGCGCAGAGAAUCAUGUCAGAAUGAUCAAGACCGGUGAAAGCGGCAUGACCAUAUUCAGACUCCUCACUAAAGAAAACGGAUGGGCUUGGGUCCAAGCGAAUGCACGCCUUGUUUACAAAAAUGGACGGCCAGACUAUAUCAUCGCUACACAAAGGCCCCUGACUGAAGAAGAAGGAGCAGAGCACCUACGGAAACGAAGCAGUCAGCUGCCUUUCAUGUUUGCAACCGGCGAGGCGGUAUUGUACGAGUCUUCCUUUCCUUUCCAAGGAAUAAUAGACCCCACACAAAGUAAAUCCAAGAGUUCCUCUGUCAAAGGAACCUCCUCGGCCAAAGCCUCAAUAAAUGAAACGCCUGUAAACCCGGCUUCGCUCUUGGGUGCCAUCAUGAGACAAGGCGAAUCUGUGUACAUUAGUCCUCCAGCUCCAAAUAAUUUUUCCUUUGAAACCUUUUAUACAAAUGCUAGAGACAAACUCAGCGACUUUUCCAGCAGUUGGCAAGAUAAUUGUGUUCCAGUAGCCAAUAACAAUCUCAAACGAGAGGACGGAGUUUCUACACAGACGACAAAUUUAACGCACGCUCCUGAAAAUACAGAAAUCUUUAACGAGAGCAAAACUAAUGAUAUUUACAACAUCAUGAGAAGCCUUGGCAUCGAUUUUAGUGAUUUGGAGAUGAUCCAGCAAGAUGAGGCAUUUUUUAGGAACGAGUUUGAAUUUCCGGAUAUUGGAGAUAUUGAUGUGGCAGAUGAAAUUCUGACUUAUGUUCAGGAUUCUCUGAAUAGAAAACCAGACUGCAUGUUUGUUAACAACAUCCAGGAAAUGCCUUGUGUACAAGACCCGUCCGGCAUCGCACAAGAUCGCUUGGAUACGCCGCAACUACUUCAACAGCAGCCAAACCAAAUGAUGUCGCACCAGCUGUGUCACAAAAUGAAACACAUGCAAGUCAAUGGUUUGAUGGGAAACUGGAACUCUGUGAGCGGUGUGCCCCCCACGUACCAGGAGCCGCAGGAAUACGUUCCAAGUAUGAACAACGUUGCUCCAGACUUUUACAAACCUGAACUCAACAGCGCUCCUUAUACUUGCAAACAGGAAUAUAUGCCUUACCAGGAGCCGCUGCCCAUGGUGCCACUACCUUCUAACCUUACGCAGAUGGACUUUGACCUUGGAAAUGUGGAAAGACCCGCUUACCCUGCGUCUUCCAACUUGGACACUUUUCUGGAGUGUUUAUCACAGAACCCUGAAAUCCAGAGUUGUGGGUUAAACGCACAGACUGUUCUGAUGACUCCGCAGGCUUGUUAUACUGGUGCUGUAUCAAUGUACCAGUGCCUACAGGAACCCCAGCCAUCAUGUCUCAAUCAAAUACAGUAUGACACUGUGAUGCCCACACAGCAGCAGUUAUUAAACAAGCAGUUCCAAAAUGGCUUAAGUGGAGGAAGCAUGAACGAAGCGUACGCUGCACCGAUGGAUGUGGUUAAUAACACCCUCUCGGCCACACGUAUACCCCCUCAUCAUCGUCAUGCUGCGGAUUCCAAAUGUUACCCGGAUUUACCGUCAAGCGGAUACAUGUAAAUAAUCGACGCCGAGGGCAGCACGUGCUCUUAAGUGUUUUUCUUUUGGCCUCGAGACUUCACGUUGAAAAUGCUUUAAAGCCGCAUUAUAUUCUAAAGAGUUUAUUAAAGGCCGUUUGCACUUUGUAGGCCUCAGAAGUCUAAAGCUUACACGUUGGACAGGGCUGGCCUGCUUGUGGCAGAGAAAGCAUAGGUUGGAAAACGAAGCUCUUCUAUUCCCCGUACUAAAAAGUCCAUAUUUUUAGUGGGAUUUAAGUCUGUGUAUUUUUACAAUACAGUCCUGUAAUAUGUGAUAUCAAGCAACAACAUAAGAUAAGGCAAGCGUUUUAUUUCUCUACACUGCGUAGAACUAUUUGUUUCAUGUUAAAGCACUUACAGCCUUAAAUACAAUGGCAUUUUAUACAUUUUAAUUAAUAUAUAACAAACAUUUAUUUUCCUUUUCGCAUAGUGAAGAACCUAGGAACUCUGCACCAAAAUCCUUUCGAGUGGCAGUUCUAUUUUCUUUGUAUUUUAUAUUGUUUUGCACUCUGAUAGAGUAGAGUGGGUUAAGUCUGUGAUUAGCUCCUGAUCAGGUGGGCUUUUUUAUUUGGCUGGAUUGACCCGAUACUGAAAUAAACCGGCAGCGAGCAGGAGGCAGUUGCCCCCUUGAGCUGCUGUGAUUUGAAGCAUUGAUGACACUGGCUAUUUAUACAUGCAGUUUAACAUAUGGCCAUAGACUGAGUGUUACGGUGUUACCAGAAGCUUAUCGGCUUGUUUUUUUUUUUUUU